CAUCUUUCGUUCCAAACUUCACUUGGUUUCAGUCUCUCUUUUUCUUUUGAUCUGUCAAAAUGGCGAAUCGUGGAGCCAAUGCACGUCGGAAUCAGGAGGUCGAUAAUACAAUAAGUUACGUACAAUGUGAUGGCCUGGCUGUUAUGAAAAUGGUGAAACAUUGCCACGAAGAGUCGAGCAACAUGGACUUGGCCCAGGGCGCUCUUCUCGGUCUAGUGGUGGACAAACGUCUGGAAAUCACCAACUGUUUUCCAUUCCCGAAAAGUGGAGACGAGACCAUGGACGAAGAGGAGUAUCAGCUUGCUAUGAUGCGCCGAUUACGUCGUGUAAAUGUCGACCACUUCCACGUCGGCUGGUACCAAAGCGCGGAUGUCGGCAACUUCUUGAACUUGGCUUUGUUGGAGUCACAAUUCCACUACCAGACAAGCAUCGAAGAGUCCGUGGUUGUUAUCUACGACACACAGAAAUCGGCACGCGGUUUCCUCACGCUGAAGGCCUACCGUCUCACGCCACAGGCCAUCGCUAUGUACAAGGACAACGAUUUCACUCCAGAUGCUUUGCGUCAAUUGAAAAUUAGCUACGAAAACUUGUUCGUGGAAGUGCCAAUUGUUAUUAAGAAUUCGCCGUUGACUAAUAUUAUGAUGAGCGAGUUGGGGGAAAUGGUGCCCGAAGAAGAGGGAACCCGCUUCCUAGACUUGGGUACAGCCUCCGUUCUGGAGAAUCACCUGAGGUGUCUAAUCGAGCGUGUGGAUGAGCUUUACCAAGAAGCAACAAAGUUCAACAAGUAUCAACAAGGCGUUGUGAAACAAGAGCAGGAAAAACAUCGCAUGCUAGUCAAGCUCAACCAGGAGAACGCAUCUCGCAUCGCUAAGGGCGAGACGCCAUUACCCGAGGAAGACGUGGUUAAGCAGUUCCGUCCGCUUCCGGUGCCGCCACGAUUGAACUCGAUGAUUGUGUCCGGCCAAAUCAACACCUACUCACAACACAUUUCCCAAUUCUGCUCACAAUCGUUGGCUAAAUUGUACAUUACGCAAUCGUUGCAGAGCGCGAAGGAAGCUAAGGGGCAGUAAGGAAGACGUGAAAAUUUUAAGGCAAAAAUCCGGGAUCGGUUUCUUAGACGCAUUGUUUUAUACUACUCUCUUCACUCUCUUGUGCUGUGUUCACUGAUAAACUGAACUUAGAUUGAAUACGAAAUUAGCAAUUGUAUACAUUUCGGGAACAACAAAAACCAACUCUUGUUCGAUUAGUUUUUCCGUUAAUAAAAAGAUCUAUCGAAACGGAAA